AUGGUUGCAGAAACUAAUGGAGAGAGUAUUAUAGAAUUAAAUAAUAAUAUAGAUAAUAGUAACAAAAAAAAAAAAAAAGUUAAAGGAUUUGGUGGAAAAAAAUCAGCAGAAGAAAGUUCAAACCCAAUAUCAAGAAUUACUUUUUGGUGGGGCAAUAAAUUUAUUUAUUUUUGUUUUAGAAAUGUUUUACAAAUCGAGCAUAUUUGGAAUUUAGCAUCAUAUGAUACAUCUGAUUUUUUAAUUAAAAAAAUAGAAACAAAAUGGAACGAAGAAAAAAAGAAAGCAAUGCCAAGUUUCCUUAAUGCUUCUUUUCGAGCAUUUGGUAUAUCUUAUAUUUGGAGUUGGUUAUUUUAUGCUAUUUAUGUUGGCUCAUCUUUCGUGGGCCCAAUUAUUUUAAAGAAAAUGGUUACUUUUGUAUCUGAGCAAAAAGCUGGUAUUUCUGACCAAGAUCAAAAUUGGGGUUAUUACUAUGGUUUAAUUAUAUUUGGCUGUUCAAUGGUUGGUUCAUUAUGUCAAUACCAAUCAAAUAUUAUUUGUUCUAGAAUGGGAGAUCGUUUAAGAUCUGUCAUUGUUUUAGAGGUAUAUAAAAAAGCUUUAAGACUAUCCAAUGCUGCAAGAGGUACUACAUCAGUAGGUCAUAUUGUCAAUUUAAUGAGUAAUGAUGCUCAACGUAUGCUUGAAGUUACAAAUUUAAUUAAUGCAGGUAUUUUUUCAAUUCCUCAAAUUAUUGUAUGCAUCGUUUUAUUAUAUCAAGAAAUUAAAUGGGUAACAUUUAUUGGUUUUGGUUUUAUGGUAUUGUGUAUUCCUUUGAAUGGUAUAUCAGCAAAAGGAUUAUUAGAGGUUAGAAAGAUAUUGGUUGGUGUAACUGAUGGUCGUAUGAAAAUUACAACCGAAAUUCUUCAAUCUAUUAAAAUUAUUAAACUUUACGCAUGGGAAGAUAGUUUUGCAAAGAAAAUUCUAGAGAAAAGACAAAAAGAAGUAGAGUUAUUGUUUAGAUAUACCAAAUCAAUCGCAACAAUGAUUUCAAUUAUUUCUUCAGUACCAACAUUAGCAACAAUUUUAGUAUUUUCAACCUAUUACGGAUACUAUAAAACUAUGGACCCCGCUAGAAUUUUUGCAGCUUUAUCAUAUUUAAAUAUUCUUAGAGUACCAAUGUCAUUAUUACCAAUUAUAGUUGCAUUAACAAUCCAAAUGAAAAUUGCAGGUAAACGUGUUACAGAUUUUCUUUUAUUAUCAGAGAUUACACCAAUCAAAGAGAUUGAUGAUCCAAAUACACCAAAUGGCUUAUAUGUUAAGAACGGUAGUUUUUGUUGGAACGUUGAAAAGAAAGAAGAGUCAUUUACACUAAAGAAUAUUGAUUUUGAAGUACAUGGUCCAACUUUAACCAUGGUUGUAGGUUCAGUCGGUUCAGGUAAAAGCUCACUUAUGAACGCAUUGCUUGGUGAAAUGGAUUUGAUUGAAGGAGAUUUAUCAAUGAAAGGUUCAGUUGCAUAUGUAGCGCAACAAGCAUGGAUCACAAAUGCCACUUUAAGAGAUAAUAUUCUUUUUGGUAAAGAGUACAAUGAAGAAAGAUAUAGAAAGGUAAUCGAAGUAUGUGCUCUUGAAAGAGAUUUAGAAUUAUUCCCACAAGGCGAUUUGGUAGAAAUUGGUGAACGUGGUGUAAACUUGUCAGGUGGUCAAAAGCAACGUGUUUCAAUUGCUCGUGCCGUUUAUUCAAAUUCUGAUAUAUAUAUUUUGGAUGACCCAUUGUCUGCUUUAGAUUCUCAUGUUUCUAAACAUAUAUUCUACAAAUGUUUCAAAGAACACCUUUCAGAUAAAACCGUUGUAUUAGCAGCUAAUCAAUUAAACUAUAUCCCAUUUGCCACCAAUACCUUGGUAUUAAAAGAGGGUAGAAUAGAUCAAAGAGGUACUUAUAGAGAAAUUAUGGACUCACAAAGCGAAUUCUCAAAUAUUCUAAGAGAGUAUGGUGUAGAUGAGGUUAGUGGUAAUAAAUCAAGCUCCGAUCUUUCAGCACAAGAUGGUAUUGAGGACGUUAAAAAGACAGUAGAGAUUAUAGAAAAAACAAAACCACUAGAAAAACCAGUUUUAAAGAACAAUGACGGUAGUUUAACUCAAAACGAGGAAAGAGAAGAGGGCGCUGUUUCAUGGAGAGUUUUUUAUAUUUACGCUUCAGUAGGUGGUGGCUUCUUUUUCUUUGUUACAAUCCUUUUAUUCCUUUUAGAUGUUGGUACAAACACUUUUGUAAAUUGGUGGUUAUCUCAUUGGCAAACUAUUAUGAUAAAAAGAGCUGAAGAUCCAACCAUUAAUGAACUUUCAGAUACUCAACUAUUAGGCAUUUAUAUUGGUAUUGGUGUCGUCGCAAUUAUAUUUGGUUGUUUACGUACUUUUGCAUUUUAUAAUUAUGCUGUACGUGUUGGUAGAGCUGUAUUUUUAAAAUUGUUUAAUGCAAUUUUAAGGGCACCAAUGUGGUUUUUUGAUAUAACCCCGCUAGGUAGAAUUAUUAGUAGAUUCUCAAGAGAUCAAGAUAGUGUUGAUAAUUUAUUAGUAAAUUCGGUUUCACAAUUUUUAAUUACUUUCAUUAAUGCUUUGGCCACAAUUAUUUUAGUUGCAAUUUUUGUUCCAUUAAUUUUAGCACCAAUGGCACCAAUUGCUAUAGUAUUUUUCCUUUUCCAAUACUUUUAUAGAUUUACAAGUAGAGAAUUACAAAGAAUUGAAUCAAUCUCACGUUCACCAAUUUUUUCACAUUUUACAGAAACUUUAAAUGGUGUCGAAACAAUUAGAUCCUAUAGAAAGGUUGAAGAUAGUAUUGAUACCAAUCAAAAACGUUUAGAUGAAAAUAACAAAUGUUACUUAACUUUACAAAAUAUGAACCAAUGGUUAGGUUUAAGAUUGGAUUUCCUUGGUAACUUGGUAACCUUCUUUGUAUGCGUAUUUAUUACAGUCGAUAAAACCACAAUUGCAGUUAGUAGCGUAGGUUUGGUACUCAGUUAUUCAUUCAAUUUAACAGCAUACCUUAAUCGUGCUGCUUUCCAAUAUGCCGAUAUAGAAACCAAAUUAAACUCACUCGAACGUAUUUAUCAAUAUAUCAAAGGUCCAGUCGAAGCUCCACAAGUUAUUGAACCACGUCCAAAAGAAUCAUGGCCAGAAAAUGCAUCAAUUACAUUCGACAACUUUUACAUGAGCUAUAGAGAAGGUUUAGAUCCAGUAUUAAAAGGUAUUUCACUCGAAAUUCGUGCUAAAGAAAAGAUUGGUAUUGUUGGUAGAACUGGUUCCGGUAAGAGUUCAAUGACUGCUGCUCUUUUCCGUUUAGUCGAGUCAUUAGAGGGUCGUAUUUUAAUUGAUGGCGAUGACAUUUCUAAAAUUGGCCUUAAAGAUUUACGUCGUAACUUGAGCAUCAUUCCACAAGACCCAGUCGUAUUCGCAGGUACUGUAAGAGAUAAUCUUGAUCCAUUCAAUUCUUACUCUGAUGAGGCCAUUUGGAAAGUUCUCGAAGAUGUUCAAUUGACAACUUUGGUUAAUUCUCUCGAAAGUGGUCUACUUUCAAAGAUUUCAGAAGGUGGUGAAAAUAUUAGUGUUGGUCAAAGACAAUUAAUUUGUUUGGGUCGUGCUUUACUUAAGAAACCAAAGAUUUUAGUUCUUGAUGAGGCAACUGCCUCCGUAGAUGGCGCAACCGAUGCAUUAAUUCAAAAGGUUAUAAGAGAAAAACUCAACGAUACAACUCUAUUAAUCAUUGCUCAUCGUUUAAACACUAUCAUAGAUUCAGAUCGUAUUAUAGUUUUGGAUUCAGGUAAAAUAUCAGAAUUUGACACACCAUGGAACUUAUUACAAGAUAAAAACUCUCUCUUUAGUUGGUUAAUUCAAGAAACUGGUCCAUCAAAUUCAAUUUAUUUAUAUAACUUGGCCAAAGCUAAACAUGAUGGUGUACCACUCGAUCAAAUAAUCAAUUUAAUUACUAUUCCAGAAAACUCUAUAAAUAAUAUUAGUAACAAUAUAGAAGAUAUUAUCGACAACAACAACAACAAUAAUAAUGAUAAUGAUAAUAAUAUCGAUAAUGAUGAUAGUGGUGAUAAUUAA